AUGGCUCCCGCUAACCUGCCCUCGGUCUUCAAUGCCACUUCCCAGGACAUUGAGAUGCUGCUUGCAGCUCAAGCCCACCUGGGAAGCAAGAACCUCCAGACUCACAUGGAGCCCUACCUCUGGAAGACCCGCGCCGACGGUGUCAACGUGAUCAACGUUGGCAAGACCUGGGAGAAGAUUGUCCUGGCCGCCCGCAUCAUCGCCGCCAUUGACAACCCGGCCGACAUUUGCGUCAUCUCCGCCCGUCCCUACGGCCAGCGCGCUGUCCUCAAGUUCGCUUCCCACACCGGUGCCGUUGCCAUCGCCGGUCGCUUCACCCCCGGUUCCUUCACCAACUACAUCACCCGUUCCUUCAAGGAGCCCCGCCUGAUUAUCGUCACCGACCCCCGCACCGACGCCCAGGCUAUCAAGGAGGCUAGCUACGUCAACAUCCCCGUCAUCGCCCUCUGCGACACCGACUCUCCCACCGAGUACGUCGACGUUGCCAUCCCCACCAACAACAAGGGCCGUCACUCCAUCGGUCUCGUCUGGUGGAUGCUCGCCCGUGAGGUCCUCCGCCUCCGCGGCACCAUCUACAACCGCGAGACCCCCUGGGACGUCAUGGUUGAUCUGUACUUCUACCGCGACCCUGAGGCCGAGGCCGAGGACAAGGUUGAGGAGGAGAAGCUCCCUGGCGUUGAGGAGGAGGGCCCCGCUGCCAUCGAGUCCGGCUUCCCUGCCGCCGGUGGUGACUGGGACGCUGCCCCUGCUGCCGCUGGCUUCACCGGUGCCCCCGCCGCCACCAACUGGGACGGUGCUGAGGGUGACUGGGCUGCCGCUGGCGCUGCCGGCACCGCUGGCGACUGGGCCGGCGAGGCCUCUGCCGCUGCCGCUCCCAAGGAGUCUCAGUGGUAA